GCUGUCACUGUGUUUUCCGUCAUUAAAAGGAAAGACUACUUUGAACUCGGUGUGAGUUUUAUUUUCUGAUGACGAGCCCCUUAUCCUUCACCCCAACCACCCCCUCUCUCCACCUCCCCACUUUCUCUAACGUGCGCCAUCAGGAUCGCCUCAGCCCCACCACCCUCCUCAUCAGCUACCCACAUCCGCUCCCACGUGUCCAGAUCCUCUACCGUGCGCCGCAUGCUCUCCCACGCCCCUCCCUUUCCGCCUCCGCCCUAAGCGCCGCCGCCGAUGGCCUCUUGCAGGACGCCGGAGCUACCGCGUUUGUGCUCGCCGGCGCCUACAGCCUCGUCCUCUGCUUCGACAAUCUCACGCAGCGAAACCUUCUCCAGCAGAGUUUAAGCAGAAAAUUGGUGCAUAUAUUGUCUGGUCUGCUCUUCAUGCUUUCCUGGCCAAUUUUCAGCACCUCAACAGCAGCUCGCUACUUUGCCUCUGUGGUUCCCCUUGUCAAUUGCUUGAGGCUUCUUCUUCAUGGCCUCUCCAUAGUCACCAAUGAAGGACUAGUCAAAUCUGUCACUCGAGAAGGAAACCCAAAGGAGUUGCUUAGAGGUCCUUUGUAUUAUGUUCUGAUUUUGAUUUUAUGUGCUCUUGUAUUCUGGCGUGAGUCUCCAGUUGGAGUGGUCUCCUUGGCAAUGAUGUGUGGUGGGGAUGGUGUAGCUGAUAUCAUGGGAAGAAAAUUUGGGUCCAUAAAGAUCCCUUAUAAUAAAAAAAAGAGUUGGGCUGGAAGCAUAUCCAUGUUUCUUUUUGGGUUCUUGAUUUCCAUUGGGAUGCUCUACUAUUACUCAUUUCUGGGAUAUUUUCAAUUGAAUUGGGUCGAGACAGUUGAAAAGGUAGCAUUGAUUUCUCUGGUGGCAACAAUAGUGGAGUCUCUUCCAAUUACAGAUGUACUAGAUGACAAUAUAUCUGUUCCAUUGGUGAGCAUGGCAGCAGCAUACUUGAGUUUCUCUUUGUAAUGAGUAGCUGUCGUUCGGCUCUGCAGUGAUUAAGCGUUCAAAGCUCUGUUGUGAAUGGGAAUGUAUCCAAAGUCGAAACCGCAUCCAUUGAGCUCUGUGACACAUUGACAAAAAUAGAGCAAAACAAAAAUGCAAACCAAUUUUAGAGCCAACAAGGUAAAUAGUGUCUAGCUAAUUUUCAUGCCAUCCUAUGAGAAAGGGUCUUAUUUUCUGAGUUGUUUUGUAUUCUUAGCGAGCAGUUACCCGUGUAUCCAAGAUCAGAAUUUGGCCUAUUCCCCUCUUUCGAUUUCCUUUUGUAACCGAAAAGUGAAAAUGUUUAGGGGCUAAAUUUCAAAUGCAUCGUAGCUUCAACA